AUGGACUCGGACGACGAUCUCAAAACCGCCAUUUCUCAGCCACAGAGGCCAUCCAGAUUCCGGAAUCUCGGUCUAGCUCUGCGAGUGUUUACCCUUUGUGUUACGAUCUCGGGCAUUGUCGUUUCAGCUAUCCCUUCAUCGAGGAACGCUGAGGCGAUUGGAAUAUUAGGUCCUGCAACCCUUCCGACCAUCCGCCCAUCGUUCAGCCUCGUCAUACAUUGCUUCAUUGCCCUUGGAUCGAUUGCUUGCCUUGGUUGCUUCGGAUGGUAUCGAGAUUGGUGGCCCGGCGGCAACGCUCUUGAUGACGACACUGAAGGUUCAGAGCCUCUCUUCCUUGCCGCACUGGUCCUUGCCUGCGUGUCGACGACCUAUCAGCAUCAAUGGAUACGAAGAAGCAACGCAUCGUCAUUGCAGGCGGAGGAUUGGGAGGUCUCACUGCAGCCUGCCGAUUGGCGCGCGACGGCCACAAAGUCGACCUCUUCGAGAUCCCAGUCGCUAUCCACCGCAAGCGGAGCCAUUUUUGUAAGAUCAAAUGGUGUCAGAUGUUUCUACCGAUGGCAGAUGCGCGAAGCUUUUGAAGCCGUGACUGCCCCGAUCAAAGAGCACGGGGCUCGGAAUGGUAGCACGAAUGAACUGUUGCAUACUCUCGAUCCUGGGAUUUACUCCCAGUUUCCAGAAUGGUCCACUGAUCGCCAAGCCUUGCAGACCGUCUUACACGAUGAGGCUUGUAAGGCCGGAGCCAAAGUGCACUUUGGAAACGAGAUCGUCACAGUUGAGGAUGAUGAUCAUGCUGCGUAUGCAUCGUUCAAGAAUGGCACCAGAAUCACGGCGGAUUUGAUCUUGGCAGCAGAUGGGAUAUCCUCUCGUCUGCGGCCUCAGGUUCUUUCUCACGUUGACCCAUCCCGUCUUACAGUGAUUCGGGCACCUUCGACGCACUACCCAACUGAAAUACCUGCUGAGAUGCUCGCCAAUGACGACAAAACCAAAUCCCUCUGUCAGCAGCCCGAGUCUGAGAACGGAAUCAUGUGGGCUGGCCACGGUGGUUAUGCCAUUGGCAAGUACAAUCACCAUCGAGGUCUUUUCAACAUCAUGUUCUCAAUCCAACACGGUGCUGCAGACAGUGAAGCCAGCGAGAAAAAGCUCUUUGACGCGACUGAUGACAGCCAAGUUGUCAAGAGUUUCUUCUCGUCGUUCAACCCCACGGUCGUCGCUCUGGCAAACAUGGUGCAGAGCUGUUCCCGUUGGCGUCUAGCGAGACUGGAGCCUUUAGAUACGUGGUCGAGUCCGAAGCGGAGACUGGUACUUCUUGGAGACUCUGCGCACGCGAUGCUUCCGAACCUAGCAGAAGGAUUCAGCUCUAUUGUGGAAGAUAUAGAUGCCUUAUCCAUACUAUUCUCGGAGAGCAGCCAGGACGUGCCGAAGACCAUAGAGACUUGGGAGAAGAUUCGCAUUCCUAGGGUAACAAGGCUUCAGAAUGGGUCGACGUGGAACUACAAACUGUACAACUCUGGCAAGCCUCCGGGGUCCGAGUUGACGGGCGAGCAGAGAGCAUUAUCUAUGGGCGUAGGAGACGGAAAUGCACCAUUCAACACUCUGCCUUUUGAUAAGUGGAUGUUUGACUACGACACGGCCAAAGAGGUCCGACUUGCAACGAAAGCUUACUUCUCAUAA